GGAUAAGCUGGUUAUGUGAGCCUGGGAUAUCAGAGGUAGAGUUUUCAUAGUUGUGUGUGUAGGUCUGGGAGGUAUACUGCUCUUGUACUCUCCCCCUGGUAUACUCACACGCCGUGUAAACCGCUCAGGGGGGAGGAGAGGGAGGUAGAGACUCGCGAAAGGCUGGAGAUAGGAGGAGAGAGUGUGUGUGGGUCAUUAUAGCGGUGUAGUGACAUGUGAUGGUGAGCGGUGGUGAGGCAGCAGGACAGCCAUUACCAACACUAAACAACAGUCCACAGGACGUGUCUAUAGGACGUCUCCCGGGGACACUACUACCGGAAUUGGAUGAGUAAAUCUGGCAUAGAAGUACUCCAAAGGAUACCUGAUCAACCAGGCUGUGACUCAUACGUCAGGCUGCGAGCAGCCGCGUCCAACAGCCUGGUUGAUCAGUCCGGCAACCAGGAGGCCUGGUCGACGACUGGGCUGCGGGGACGCUAAGCCCCGGAAGCACCUCAAGGUAACCUCAAGAAAUUUCAUGAGGAGUGCAGACCAAAGAAGAGUACCAGAAAGUUGUCUGUCGAACCAGCCGUGCCAAGAUGGCGACAGCUGGGCCAACUAGUAGCAGUGACAGUCGGAGUGAGAGCAGCAACAAUGCCUCGGGUGGAGCAGAAGGCGGAGGUGACGAGUCCACGGACAACUCAAACUUUGAGUGUAAUAUAUGCCUCGACACAGCAAAAGAUGCCGUUAUCUCCUUGUGUGGCCACCUCUUCUGUUGGCCUUGCUUGCACCAGUGGCUAGAAACUCGACCAAACAAUCAAACUUGUCCUGUUUGUAAAGCGGCAAUUUCACGAGAGAAGGUGAUACCACUGUACGGCAGAGGAUCUGGAAAUCAGCAGGAUCCAAGAAAUAAGCUACCACCUCGACCUCCUGGACAACGCACAGAACCUGAACCACAGAAUGGAUUUAUGCCCGGAUUUGGCUUUGGAGAUGCUGGGGGGUUCCAGUUUCAUUUUGGUAUUGGUGCAUUUCCUUUUGGGAUUUUUACUACAUUCAACAACUGGGGAGGUGGCGGCGCAGUACCUCCAGCCCCGGGGACCCAGCAGUACCAAGAGGAACGCUUCCUUUCUCAAGUGUUAAUGGCGAUGGCUGUACUCUUUCUUCUCUGGCUUAUUCUUGUAUAAGGUACAUCACACGAGUAAAUAUUGAUGUAGAAAACAAUUGCAAAGUGAAGACAAAUUAACGUCAUUGAGGCAAGUGCUGUUUGCACUGCGUCUAGUGACGUUUUUUCAUACUAGUGAGCUUCUCAAAGGUUUAAGUUACGUGCAUUUUUCUUGUGUUUAAUUAAGCAUGUGUUUAAAGUACCAUGUGUGGAUUGAGGACGUUUUAUCCCUAAAUCUUUAAUGUAGCUGGGUUAAGUUUUCAAGUUUAUUUGAUAUAUAUACUGUAUUUAUUUUUGUUUGCAGGGUUAUCUUUCACAGUUUAUAUUUUGAAGAGUAAUUCUCAAGAGUUCAGUAACAAAAAUAUAAGGAAACUGGUUUAUAAUUUGUCCUAUGCAGUUUUAUAGUCAUCAAGAAUAAAAAAAAACAUUCAUUUCUAUUUGUGAAUACUGUGCAAUGUUUCCAGUGAUCUGGAUAAUUUGCCAUUUCAUGUGGACUAUUAUUAAUAUAAUAAUUGGUAACUCUAUUGAAUUAGGAUAGUAACUUAUUCUCAUAUUUUAGUGGCAACACAAAGAUGAAUUCAAGUGAAAAAGCAAGAGAUAAUUGUAACGUAGACACAAGGCGUAGUAUAUGUAAGGCAUAGACACAAGGUGUAGUGUAUGUAAGGCAUAGACACAAGGCGUAGUGUAUGUAAGGCGUAGACACAAGGCAUAAACACAAGGCGUAGUGUAUGUAAGGCGUAGACACAAGGUGUAGUGUAUGUAAGGCGUAGACACAAGGCAUAGUGUAUGUAAGGCGUAGACACAAGGCGUAGUGUAUGUAAGGCAUAGACACAAGGUGUAGUGUAUGUAAGGCGUAGACACAAAGCAUAGUGUAUGUAAGGCGUAGACACAAGGCGUAGUGUAUGUAAGGCGUAGACACAAGGCAUAGUGUAUGUAAGGCGUAGACACAAGGCGUAGUGUAUGUAAGGCGUAGACACAAGGCAUAGUGUAUGUAAGGCGUAGACACAAGGUAUAGUGUAUGUAAGGCGUAGACACAAAGCAUAGUGUAUGUAAGGCGUAGACACAAGGCGUAGUGUAUGUAAGGCGUAGACACAAGGCGUAGUGUAUGUAAGGCGUAGACACAAGGCGUAGUGUAUGUAAGGCGUAGACAGAAGGCGUAGUGUAUGUAAGGCGUAGACACAAGGCAUAGUGUAUGUAAGGCGUAGACACAAGGCAUAGUGUAUGUAAGGCAUAGACACAAGGCGUAGUGUAUGUAAGGCAUAGACACAAGGCGUAGUGUAUGUAAGGCAUAGACACAAGGCGUAGUGUAUGUAAGGCAUAGACACAAGGCGUAGUGUAGGUAAGGCGUAGACACUUUUGCCCAUAGUUUCUUAAUCAGACAAAAUGCUAUUAAUUAUUUAAAUUGACCAUACCAAGAAAGGUUUGUACUUGAAUGUGAAGUGUUGCAUUGAACAUGAGAUAUGAUUUACAGCAAUCAAAUUCCUUAAGUAUUAUUUUUCAGAGCUAGACAGCAUUGUUUAAUUGUUUAGAUGAAGAAGAUUACUUAUGUGUAUAUGAGAAAGAUUGUAUUAGCCAAAAGUCUGGUCUCGUAAAACUCACUCAGGGAUGAAUAACUAGUGCAUCAACAAUUACUCUUGUGUGAGCCUUAUAAUGAAGCAAAAAUAUUUGAGAUCAUUUUUGUACUCGUAUGAUAUAUUUGUACAAAUUACAAAAUUGCAGUCUUGAGAGCUGUGCUUUCUUUUGAGAGCCAAGUGGGGAAGUUUUGUGAUGUAAAAAAAGAUAAAUAAAGGGCAGCCACUAUGUAUAUUCAUAUCAUUGAUUAGUUAAGAUAUAUUUAUAAGUAGAUUGAUUAUAUUAUUACCGUAACUUGGGGACUGUGCUUAAGGAAUCCUGUAUGUUUGGGUGAUAUGGCCAUACACUAUCAGUAUACUGAGCCGCAUUUAACCUCGAAUUGUAAAUGUUCAAGUUUGUGUUGUAAUUGGCGCAUCAUCCAAACACUUGAUGUUACUUCAUUAGUACUCUGCAGUGUAGGAAGAUGUGGAUUAUAUUGUUUAGUAAUCAUUGGGAACAUAUAUGUUGGCGCCAUCAUUGGGAACAUAAAUGUUGGCGCCAUCGUUGGGAACAUAAAUGUUGGCGCCAUCGUUGGGAACAUACAUGUUGGCGCCAUCAUUGUGUGCGCGCGUCCUCUCAGUACUGUUUUGAUGGUAGUGGGCAGCAGAUGUGUUUAUGGUAGUGGGGAGCAGGUGUGUACAGUCCUGGUUGUGCUGCUGCCAUAUUUAUGGGAGGGAAUUUAAAUGUUCCCGCACAGACAACUGUGCACACGUGACUAUGAGUUGGUUUGUUUUUAUUUGAUAAUAGGUGGAAAAAGUUUAUUAUUGAUUUAUAUGUUCGUUAUUAUUAUUAUUAUUAUUGUUUUUGGGAUAUUGAUUGGAUAUAAAUUUGUCUAGUUACACUAUUUUCUUUACAAAAGUUGCAUGUUGCCAUUUUUUCAGCAAACAGUUUUCAUUAUAGUAUGUAAUCUCUAUAUCAUUCCUUAUGUGCAUGGAUUUGAAAAAAUUCUAUAUGAAAGGGAUUGAAGUUCACCAAAUAUAAAAUGCCUAUCCAAGAGUCUACCAAAUAUAUAAGGCCUACUUACUUUCCCGAUAUUUAGUUUGGGGAGGAGGGACGAGGAGGGGCCUUGCUGUGCGUGUAGAAUACAAGAGAAACUCGGCAGAUUUGAAUUUCUGCUUCCUGCCCCUCCCCCCACAUCUAUUUGUAGUGACAAACAUGUAUAAAGUGCAUUAAUAUAUUUUUCCAUAAUCUUGUAAUCCAUAUAUUAAUAUGGGUUUUAAGGAGAACUUAGUUAGUUUCACUCAUAAAGGUGUGUAAAAUGUUUAAUGUAUUUGUAAUGGACUUUGAACGGUAGUCAGCUAUUCAUAAAAAUAAAUAAAACUCGAGAAGUUUUGAUAGUU